AUGUCUUCCCGAAAACCUGCUGAUGUUGCGGCGAAAGAGCGCAACGAGUACAUUCCCUCCUUCAUCUCGAAGAAGCCAUUCUACGUUGACGAUGAUGCCGACAAUGACUACCUGGAGCAUCAGCGUCUUCAAAAAUCCACCCCCGACCAAUCCAAAUGGUACGAUCGUGGAAAGCGCGCCGGUCCCGCAGCCACCAAAUACCGCAAAGGCGCAUGUGAAAAUUGCGGUGCAAUGACACACAAGACUAAGGAAUGUCUGAGUCGGCCGCGCAAACAAGGCGCAAAGUGGACCGGCAAGGAUAUCCAAGCAGACGAGUUGCUCCAGAACGUCGACAUGGGCUGGGACGCCAAGCGAGAUCGAUGGAAUGGUUACGAUGCUAGCGAAUACCGCCAGGUUGUCAACGAAUAUGAAGAAAUGGAGGCCAUCAAGAAGACGGCCAAAGAGAACUCGGAUUUGAAGAAGCUCGGUGAAGAUGACGACGCACCCGAUUCCGACAUUCGCUACGCCGAAGAAUCCGACAUGGGUCGCCAGCAGAGCACCGCAACUCGCAACCUCCGUAUCCGUGAAGAUACUGCGAAAUACCUGCUCAACCUUGAUCUUGAUUCAGCCAAAUAUGACCCCAAGACCCGCCGAAUGGUAGAUAUGGGUGCGCAGGAUGAUCAGGCAUCUGCGCUUGUGGCGGAGGAAAACUUUGUUCGUGCUUCAGGAGACGCUGCCGAGUUUGAAAAGGCUCAGCAGUAUGCGUGGGAGUCCCAAGAAAAGGGGCACCCUCAACUCCACAUCCAGGCCAAUCCGACGUCAGGAGAGGUCCUCCGGAAAAAGGAGAAGGAAGACAGCGAAUCUAAGCGCGCAGCCCAUCGCAAGGCUCUCAUGGAAAAGUACGGUGGUGAUGAACACUCGCAACCCAGCGCACUCCGAGACACUAUGGUUGUGGAGAACGAACGGUUCGUCGAAUAUGACGAAAGCGGCGCCAUCAAGGGUGCGCCCAAGAAGGCCACCAAAUCAAAAUACCCCGAGGAUAUCAUGGUCAACAACCACUCCUCUGUGUUUGGUAGCUGGUGGUACCAAUUCAAGUGGGGAUACGCGUGCUGCUACUCCACUGUGAAGAACAGUUACUGCACCGGAGAAGACGGCAAGAGGGCAUUUGAGGAGGAAGGAAACCUGUUGAUGAUGGGAGAUGAGGAGGAAGAGGAGGUCGACAACGCUGACCCCGUGGAUGCCUCCCAUGAGUCUGAACCAGCCAACCCCCGGAGCACUGAACACGACACUGCCAACACGAAGAAGCGAACUUUGGAAGAAAUAAAAUCCGGUGUCACUGAGGAGGAAUACGAAUCAUACAAACGAAGCCGCUUGGCGGCUGAUGAUCCGAUGGCGAACUUUAUCGGAAAGGAUUGA